AUGGACGCUCACAUCCUGGAGCAGCACGAGAUCUUCGAGCUGCUGCCCACCCACGGCAAGGUGGUCACGCUCGACGCCGACCUGCCCAUGAAGCACGCGCUCGCGGCGCUCGCGUCGCACGGCGCAACGUGCCUCCCCGUGUGGGACUCGGCGCUGCAGCGGUUCGUGGACGUGUUUUCGUGCACCGACCUCGUCGACAUCCUCGUCUGCCUCAACGACGCGGGCGCCGUCUGCGCAGUGGUCACCGCUUCGGCAGUCCUCGCCGCGCUGCUGCCUAGCUCGCCGCCGCACCACGGAUGA